AUGAAGGCAUGGAAGGACUUAGACCAUGGAAAUAUCGUGAAAUUUAUCGGUUUUGCGAUUGAGGUUCGCGGUGCAGUACUUGAAGCGGCAUUGGUGUCCGAAUGGUGUUCAAAUGGCAACCUUGUUCAAUACCUGCGUCGUAAACCAUCCUGCGAUCGGCUGCCCCUGCUUCUUGAUGUCGCUCGUGGUCUGACCUACCUUCAUGACCACGACCCUGUUGUAAUCCACGGCGAUCUCAAACCUCUCAACAUAUUAAUCAGCGAGGCGGAGCGCGCCAAGUUGUGUGACUUCGGGCUAUCUUGGAUCGCGGACGGAUUGACGACAGGGUAUACAUCAUCGGGACCUGCAUUUACCUCGCGCUAUUGCGCCCCGGAAGUCUUUGAUAGUGAUAUCAAGACAACAUUCGGUGAUGUUUACUCCUUCGCCUGCACUUGUACCAUGGUGAGCCGUUAUGGUUCGCGAACAUGA